AUGACGAAUUUGAUCGGGGAAUCCAGCAACUUAAAAGGAGAAUUUUUAGAGCUCAGAGAGAAACUAGAUGGCAAUGACACUAAACUUAGAAAAGAGGCUGCGAAGCGAGUCGUUUCUCUCAUGAGAAGUGGUGAAGAUUGUUCAAUUUUAUUUUCAUCUAUGUUGAGAUCCAUAAAUACCGAUGACUUAGAAUUGAAACGUCUUGUAUAUAUCUAUAUAUUAACGUAUUCGACGUCAGAAGAAGAAGAAUCGAUUAUGGCGGUAAGUGCAAUGUUGAAGGACAGUGAACAUUAUAAUCCGCUUGUUCGAUCCCUUGCUAUCAGAUCGAUGACAAAAAUUAAGAUCGAAGCAUUUGCCGAAAACAUAAUCGCGCAAGUCAAAAAAUCACUUCAAGAUAAAGACCCUUACGUGAGGAAAACAGCUGCUUUGGGUGUUGCUAAGAUAUUCAGUACUAUUCCUGAAACCGUUGAAAGCAUUGAUAUUUAUAAAUCUUUAAUUGAUUUGCUCAAAGAUGACAAUCCUCUUGUAAUUUCGAACGCAAUUGCUGCUAUUUGCGAAAUAAAUUCCCUCAGAUCCUCACCAAUCAUGAAAUUGGACUCCACAAACAUUGUUUAUCUCUUGAAUGCAUUUUCUGAUUCAUCCGAAUGGUGCCAAAUCAAUUUACUCGACGCUCUUUCGACAUACCUACCUGAAUCAUCUAGUGAUGCCCAUAUGUUGAUAGAGAGAUUCGCUACUUUGAUGAUGAGUAGCAAUCCUGCAGUAGUAAUCGGUGCUUUCAAGUGCAUUUUCAUAUAUAUGGAAUACGAUAUUCACGAUAUUGGAGAGAUAUUAACAAAGGUUUUGCCACCUUUACUUGCUUUAGUCGGAUCUACUCCUCCUGAGAUCCAAUUUGUACUUCUUAGGACUCUUUCACUCUUCUCUCAGAAAUAUCCGAAGAGUUUGGCCUCAAGCAUUGCUACUUUCUACUGCAAAUACAAUGAUCCAUCUUAUAUCAAAGUUGAGAAGCUCAGUAUCAUCUCAAACAUUGUUGUUGAAGGUACAUUACGCACAGCAUUGGACGAACUCCAAGAAUAUUGCAAUGAUAUCGAUGUUCAUUUCGCAAAGAAAGCAAUUAAGACAUUAUCACAAAUCGCUCUCAAAUUCGAAAAUGCUGCUACAAAGUGUAUCGAUAUUCUUGUCGAUUUGAUCAAAGGAAAGGCAGAUUACGCUAUUGAACAAAGUAUUAUCGUUUUACCAGACAUUUUACGCAAAUAUCCAAAGAAAUUCGAUGGUACAAUCGCAAUUGUAUGCCAGAGCUGCGAUCAAAUCAAGAGUUCAGAUGCAAAAUCCUCUUUUAUUUGGAUACUCGGAGAAUACUGUCAUUUAAUUGACAACGCCGAUGUUAUUCUUGAUCCCUACCUAGACAGCUUCCAAGAUGAAUCUCCAUUCGUCCAAUUAUCACUUGUCACGGCUUUAAUCAAAUGUUAUCUUAACAAUCCAGAGAGAUCAAAAGACCAACUUCAGUUUGUUUUAGAUGCAUGCCAGAAGGACAAUAUUAUGCCAGACGUCCGAAACAGAGCUCUCAUUUAUUGGACUAUUUUGUCAAAUCAUCCACAAGAAAUGAAAGACAUUGUUAAUGUUGAGAAGACAUGUACAUGGGAUUCAUCACACUAUUCACAGGAAGUCCUUUCUACACUUAUUUCUAACAUCGGAUCGGUUUCAGGAGUUUUACACAUUGUUCCAUCUGAUUUCACUACAGAAACAGUUUACAUCGCAAUGGAAGACUCACUUACACUCAAACUGAAGGAAGUCGAGACAAACGGAAUCUUGAAAGUGAGUGCAGCGAUCGGACCACGAAAUAUUGAAAUUAAACUUCAAAAUAUUUCAGGUCAGGAUCUCACAGGUCUUGCGAUUGCAUUGAACAAGAACAUCUUCGGUAUCGUUAUCCACAAUUUCAUUGGAUUUCCAGAGAAGUUAUGUGUCAGUGAAGAAAUCACAGUCGAAGUUCCAUAUACACUUGAUUCUUCAGCAGUUGACAAGUCAUCAACAUCUCCAUCGAUACAAGUCGCUAUUCGAACAAGCUCCGGAGUUUGUUUCUUCAGUGUUCCUUUCAAACUCAAAAACGCCAUUGAAAAGCUCUCACCAAAGAAGAACGAGUUCCUCGAUAUGUGGACCGAGUUCCCCGAUGGUGCAACAGUUACAUUGAAGGGCGAGAAAGUUGCAGAUAAUGAUUUGUUGUUCAAGCGUAAGUUCUACGUUAUUGCACGUGCCAAAGGAAAAGUUGCAGGUGGUCUUCGAAUCUGCAACCAGAUUGUUCUUGCUUCUGUCGUUUUCGACGAUUCUGGUGUUACAUGUGUCCUUGAAGGAGAAGAGUUGCCUUCAAACAUCAUUGCUAUGUAUGCAAAGAAACUAUUUUGUGUUUAA